CUUUCUCUCCACCCAUGCCAUCCUGAGACAGCCCAAAAAUUCUUAAAGUUGCAAAUACUAAGCUAAACCUUACAGUUCGCAGGUAGCAGCUUAUAAUUUAAAGAGCUACGUCUUCCUCCUCUUCCCACUCUAUGUCCCUAGUGUUCUCUCCCUUCCUUUACUUUUCUCGCACUCCGUUUAAUUUCUCGGAAAUCUUUCCGCUUCGUAAUACCUUCCUUCUUCUUCUCUCCCAAAGAUAUAAUACCCAACCCUGAAACCAUUUUCUGCACUUCCUAUUUAUAAGUACGUACAACUGAUCACUUCCUUAUAUUCUCCCGGCGAACCGUUUUGUGCUUUUAGAAACAUACAUAUCACUAGAUGGCUUCGUACGAAAUUGAUAGCGUCAAGGUUGAGAAAGCCAAUGCUUUGAAAAGGUAUAAUCGGCAGCGAAACCUUAGGUGGAUUUUCGAAAUUUGUGCUGCUCUGACGUUUGUGCUUUCGAUAUCCGCUACCUUGGUUCCCGUUGCAGUGGAAACAGCCCGCAAUUCUCUCCGGCGAUUCAUCGCCAUAUUUGAUUGCACUUUAUACGUCCUCCUUCUUGUCAUGAUCAUUAUUCUUAUUUUAAGCAUAUACGCCUACUACCCCGGCGAAAGGGACUCUACGUCCGAUGUCUACGAAGAGUUCAUCGAACACAAUGACUCUAGCAGGAGGUUCGCCCCUGGCGAGGAGCCACCGACGCAGGAAGAGACCUUUCGUGACAAGCACAUCGUUUGCUCCGACAAUGCUGUCUCUCCGGUUCAUGAGGAAGAUCGCAUAGUUUCUCUUGUCAGCAAGCCUUCGGUCUCUCCAAUUCAGUCGGAGAGAGUUUCUGCGGUCAGUGAGAAGGCUUUGUGUAAAAGUCGAUAUCGGAGGACUAUAUCCGAGAAAUUCGAGAAACGAAUUGAGGAGAGGUCUCGACGAGUGUUACGGCGAUCAGGGACGGAGAUAUGCAGGAAAUUGGUGAUUUCCGGUGAAGAAUCAUCAAGAAGAUCGGAAGAGAGUAAGGAAGAACGGAAAAAAGAGUCGACUUUUGCCCUCGCCAUCCAGAAGUACUGAGCCUCAGCAAAACGACAAACGGAAAAGAAAGAAGUAUAUUACCGGCGACUACUAUAUAUGGAUAUUACUACGUAUUAGGAACGAAAACCUAUCUGGGUUUUCGUGCUAACUAGUCCUAGUUAUCAUAAACUGAGAAAAGGAAUGUACAGUGAUUUUCUUAUUCCGUUUCUCAAGUUUUAAUUAACAUGUCAUGGCAGCUUUAAGGAGUUUGGUUAAUGUUUAACGCGUGCUUGUGUUGAUCAUAAUCUCAGACCUCGAAACUUAUGUUGUUUGGUCUGUUUUGCCAAUGUUUGAGACUCGGUUUGGGUUCUUAUUCCAGACAGAUUUCCAAGAUAAUGUUUUCCAUGUAGUUACAGAUAUUUUUCAGGCUAAAAAGUAUCAGUUAUCGGAUUCCCAAUUGAA